CUUCUAUUCUCUUUGGUUGUGGUCCGUAAAGAAAAGAAAAAUUUCAUGGUGUUGUGGGUGACACAUAUACGUAGGAAAAAAUAGUGUAAGAUAAUCACAUUGGCACCAACUGCAGGGAAAUGGAAUCAAUGGAAUAUGAGCUUGCCAGAAACCUCACUCUGUUGUUUUUCGUGGAACGCCUGCUCGACAAAGGCGAGCCGCGUACGUUGCACGAUCUUUCCUGCCAGUUUGGUGCCAAGGGGUUCACUAAGGAGAUGCGGCAGAUCGCUGGCGGGUCGCAGUCGGGACUGAAGAAGUUCCUGGCCCAGUACCCGGCGUUGUUCAACAUAGACGGGGACUAUGUUGAUAUCAACACAUUCCAGAAGCAUCAAAGUGGGGCUGGCGCAUCGUCCAAUAACGACUAUAUCGAGGAGGCGAAGGAAUACUUCGCGAGCAAGAUGGUGCAAUAUGGCGAAGGUACAGAGGUGCCAAUCAAGAGUCUUCUCGGGCACCGCAGCCAGGCAUCGCCGCAGGUGCGCCAUAUUUCGGGACAGCGCAUCAAGGAGUUCAAAGAGUUCCUCAUGAAGCAUCCCGACACAUUCCAAAUCACCGAAGACAACGUCGUUCUAGUCAGUGAGAACCACAGGAGAGGUAACACACAUAGUAAUUCUGAGCAGUUUCACAAUUUACCUGUUGCCAAUAUAAAUACAGAUACUGCCCAACAGUUGUUAGACUAUGUCGCUCAAUGUAUAGAGGCCAAGGGACCUGUAAUGGUCGAUCAACUGUUUCAUUUAAUUGUAUCACGCUUCCCACAAGAAUACUGGUAUCAGAUGUUCAAGUCUCCAGCUGACUUAAGCGCUUUUCUAAAGCUAUUUUCUGAUAGCUUCCAUGUCCAAUCAAAUCUUGUCACAUUAAUUAGUAAACCAAAAAUUCCAGUAAUGUAUCUAAAUGCAAAAUCCAAAGCAAAGACUGAUGCACCAAAGCCUGUGGUUGAUGAGAAACCUGCAUCACCAGCUCCGCCUAUUGUAGUGAGCCCUACACCUUCAGAUGGUCAUAAAAGCCCAGCCAAUAGAAUACUCAGUCCUGUAGAAUCUCCCCGUGGUCCUCAAGCAAAUAUAGCAAAUCAAACGCUUAAGCAGAGGAUUAAUUCUAUUGUCAUUAAAAACUUAGCAGAGAACAUGGUUAGAGAUAGAGUGAACAAUCACUUGAACGCUCGCAGUUCAGAAGAAAUGAAUGGCACACCAAGCCUACGCAACAAUCUAAUGGGAGAUGCAUGGCGCCAAAAAGUUCUUCAGUGCACAACUGUCAUAGCUAAUGUUAGAGAGUGUUCUACACUAAUUGAUAGUAUUAUGAAUCCAAAACGAAAUUCAAAGAAUAUUGUUUCCUUUGACUGUGAAGGAAUAAAUCUUGGCUUGAAAGGAAUUCUGACUCUGUGUCAAAUUGCUACCAUGAAUGGUGAAGUGUACAUAUUAGACAUCAUGGCUUGUCCUGGUAUGGUUAUAGAAGGCAAAAUCAAGGACUUAUUAGAGAGUGAAAAUGUAGUUAAAAUCAUACAUGACUGUAGAAAUGACUCAGUUAAUUUACAUAAUCAAUUUGAGAUCACUUUAAAGAAUGUUUUUGAUACUCAAGCUGCUCAUGCUGUGUUGCAAUUACAGCAGCAAGGUGUACCUGUUUAUAAAGUUAAAAAUCUGAGUCUCAAUGCCAUGUGUGAAUUAUAUAAUGCUCCGAUGAACCCGAUGAAGGAGCAGUUGAAAAAUGUAUAUCGCAGAGACCAGCGUUAUUGGGCACGGAGGCCAUUAACAAAGGAUAUGAUUAUUUAUGCAGCUUCAGAUGUUCUUUCCUUAGUCAAUCCUGCAAUAUAUGCAUAUAUGUCGAGCAAUAUUAAGCCAGAUAAUCAACAGUUAUUUGAGGAAUUAAGUAAUGAACAAGUAUUUAUGCAUAUUCAACCAACAGAGGUGAAAUUACGUAAGAGACAAAGAAAAAUCAAUACAGAAGUGGGAGAACUAAAACAAAAAUUGGCAGAAACAACUAAAAAUAUAGUCUUAAGUAACAGAGAAAUAAGAUUGUUGAGAUAUUUGGAACUUACAGAGGAAGAAAAAGAAAAACUAAAAGGUUGUCACAAAAUAUCUAAAAAAUUAGAAAAAUUGGAGGCAAUAGGGCAAGACAAAGAUUCAGAUUCUGAUGAUGAUGAGAGAGAAAAUGAGAUGGCCAGUUUAGAAUCUAAUCCUUCAGAUCCAAUUUCGUCUCCACACUCAACACAACCUCCAAGCCUCACUGAGUCAAUGCAGAUGAUGGAUGAAAUAUUGUCAGACACUAACAUGGAUAAAGUUGAAAAAAUAAAUCGUCUUGAAGCAAUUCUAUCUGCUGUGGCGCCGCUCAGUGGAGAAUUGGAGGACAAAUUCUCACAAACUAUGGAACAAACACUGCCAUUGCUCAAAAACAAAGAUUGGUCCAAUCUCAGUCAAAUUUUGAACAUGGGUGAUGCUGACAGAAAGAAUUGUAGUUGCAGAUGCCAUAAUACCAAUUUUGAAGAUGUUAAGUGCAAUGAUCUCAAUGAAACCAAGAAGUCGGAGGUUGGAUCACAGACCCUCAGUACAGGGGAUAUAGUGAUUACAAGGAUCCAUUUCAGGGAAGAGGAUAAAGCAAACGAAAGGGUCCUGGACGCGACCCCCGCUAGUAAAAGGGUCGGGAUAAACAACAUGUCUUGAUGAUGCUCAGGUUUAUAAUACUUCCAUUUUUCUGAGUGCCACAGUUUAGUUUCGGGACUCUUGCUGUACGUGAUUAUUUCUUUGUGCUAGUUUUAAGUAAAAAAAAAAAAUUUAAACCCCUGUUGUAAUUAAUACAACGCAUGAUCUAGUUGUCAGGGGUGCUACAGCAGCGAGAUUGCUCGAGAAUCGAGCAUAAUUAAUUAUGCUGUGAGGUCGUGCAUCGCCGGUGUGGAAUACGCCCACGUUAUAUGUUCAUUUGAGCGGAGAUGAGCGUAUACACUCGAAUAAAUACAACAGUAAUUCGCAUAAUACAACGGCUACUUAAUUCCAUUCGUCUGGAAUGUACAGUACGCGCUGUUACAUAUUUUAAUUUAAUUAAAUUAUUACGUUGGCUAUUGCCUGUUAAGUAUUCAACUUAAUGUGAUAGAUUUCAAGGCCUUUUUUCUCGAUCUUGUAUGAAUUGUAAAUAGGUACAUAAGAUAAAAUCCGAUUAGCGUGCAUAAUCCUCACAUCUCGAAUCGCUAUAACGACGGUCGAGUGUUUUCUGAUGUAAUUGAUAAAAAUUUGUAUAUACCUAUCUACCAUUUACUAAAAAUAUUCACUAUAUCUAAGUGUCUCUGGCAGCCUAGUCGUAGCUGCUUUUUUUUUU